AAGCUCUAUAAAUUUCCAAACUCUGUGAAAUAUUAAUAUUAGGAAAAGUAAUUUGAAUACGCUUAGUAUUUAAUUUUAGAUAACUAUACCUUAAGGCUUUAAAGGACUAAGUAGGCUUAAUUUCUACUUAUCACUACCACAAAUGACGUAUAGCACUUUAUUUAUUAUUAUUAGGAGAGGACUAAACUAAAAAAAGUCUCAAAAGACUAAACUAAAAAUAGACUAAAUUAAGUAAGUUGCCGUGAAUUAGGUUUCAGGUUAGGUUGUGGGUCGCGAUAACAAAGGUGGCGGACAUGCUGAAAAAACCGGUGGGGGGGGGGGGGGGGAUAUCUCUUCACAUUUACCGAGUAUGGUCUGGGCAUUGGUCAUAUUUAGUACAAUUGCAAGUGCUCUGGUAGAGCCUCUGCAACUUUACUUUAUUUAUCCCAGGGCACAACUGACAACUAUGACUGAAUAUCUUAUUUUUUCAAAUGGGAAUUAUGUUCACACCUGUUAGUGCAUUUGUUUUUAAUUUUAGAAGGUGAAUCUGUUACUUUGGCCCAUGUGACAGCGCAUCCGGAAAUUUUUUUUGAAAGAAACUUUGUCAACGGAAAAUUUAUUGAACUGUAAUUUGAUCGAACAGAAGUUAUUUUGGUUUUUGUUCAUGUGAACAGAAAUAAAAUUUACUAAACUUCCAUCCGAUCAAAUUUCCGUUCCAUCAAACGUCUAUCUAUCAAUUUUCCGCUGAUGAAAUUUCUUUCAAACAAAUUUCCAGUAAUCACAUGCCCAUAUUAUGCCAUAUUACAUAUUAUCAACAUGCUCAUAUUUACUGACCAUGGUCAACUAUGACUAUGGGCUAUGGGCUUUUCCUCCUCUUGGAGGUAUUUUCUGCUGCAAACUAAGGUGAAUGUGCCAUGGCACACCAGCUGAAGAGCUCUGCUAAUACUAAUAAUAGUAACUACCAAAAUGAAACACUUUUGUGGUCAAAAUGGAAUGGGGCAACUUACCAACUGUAAAAUAAAUCCUUGUAAGGGGAGAGGGUGAGGAUGACUAGGUGUUAAGGGAGAAUGGACAGUAGUAUGUACUACUGGCAUCUUUGAGUGUAGAGGAUAAUGUUGAAGGGGUAGGAACUGUUGAACUUAAAGGAAGAUGAAUUAUCACUUUAAAAGACUAUUAUGAGAGACAUAUUUAAAGUAAUUUUACCUCAUUUUCCUUUUUUUUGAACAGACUCAUACAAGUGAGAAAUGUUUCCUGCAGGCCCAACUUUGUGGGGAGGGCAAGGACGAGGUAAAAACAAAAAAACUGAGGAAUGGACCAACAAUUUCAACAGUUCAGUGGAACUGAUUAAUCACUCUUUGUCCACCUUGUAUAAUGGUAUAGAAACAGGUAAGAGCCUCCUAUCAGGCCUUCUCGGAUUGUUCGAAGGUUGCUGUAAAUCAAUUUUGCUUGAAUUAUAACAUUAGAUUUAUUUAUUUUUUUUGCCUACAUCUGUUUUUGGGUUAAGUAAAGCAUAUUGACAAUUGAGCACCUGAAAUGGAUUUUCAUUAUAGUUUUAAGGCCGAAGCCAAUCCUACCAAAUGACAUAUUUUAUGCAUUUCAUGGACAUUGGGAAUGACUGGUAACUUGGUGUUGUCUUUGAUCUGUCCAUUGUGGGAGCUGGCUGACACAUGCAGUAACAGUAACACCCAAGACAAGAAUGCUAGCUGCCUGGGGUUCAAAUACAAGCAACACAAAAUGUACACACCAGUACUUCCAUCGAAGCAAACAUGAGUAUUGGGGAUAUUAUUAUGGAUAGUAAGAAAAGUAAAGACAGCAAGCUGAAUAUGGAUGUACUUUGCCAUCUUGGUGCAAAAUUAAAUAAUUUAUAAAGUAAAUAUGCUUUUAUUAAUAUACCAGAGAUUUUAUUUUGAAUGAUGGGAUGGCUCAUCUGAAGACUUAGAUGGAUAGUGUUAGUCGGUUGUACACCUGCUGGGGGGCUCACAAUCACCUUACAGUUAUGAAGUAGCAACGAAAAUAAUUUUGUGGUUGGGAGUCGGCACAACAUGAAGAACUGUAUUAAAGGGUCGCGUCAAUAGGAAGGUUGAGAACCACUGGAUUAGACCAAGUUAAAGGAUUUUAUGACGCACACCAGAGUCCUCCAUGGACUAAAGACAUUGGUGUUGAUACCUUAUGUAUCAGAGCAUGAACAUUAUAAACUGGGCUGCCUUCUUAAAAGUCGUAUCAAAUUCUACUUAAAACAGUCCAUUAAAAUACUACUAGAAGUAACUGGCUAAACAAUGGCAGUGGCAAUGCAUAAUGCAUGAACUUCUCAUCUAUUAAAGUUUACUUGACAAAAAAUACAUACAAGAAACACACUUUAUAAGAAUCCCAAUUCGUACUUGCUGCUGGGAACUUUAUUUUGCGCACCUAUUGUACACAUCGCUGCACCCAUACAUAGAGAAUUACUAUUUGUAAAUAUAUGUUCCAGAAUUUUUUAAAUUAAUUUAACAUUUGUUAUUAUGUUAGAUGAAGAUCUCACAAAGGAUAGUGACGAGCAAAUGGAAGGGGAUGUGACUUUGCAAGGCGCCUGUGAAACUUUGGUCCACAACUGUCAGAAAAUUGGUGGAAUGAUGAGGUUAGAAUUUAACCAGAUAAGCACAUAGUCACAGAUGAUUACAUUUUAACAUGCAUCACCCCCUUUCAGGUGCUCAUGGUAAGGCUGAAAGAAUGUACUGUAAAACAACUGUUAUGUCUUCCCGGGUCCUAAAAGAUUAUGUGUCAGGCUUGUUGUUCCCCAUUAAGGUACAGAUGAUCCAGUUUUUAAGGUGCAUUAAUGCCUAAUCCAUAUUUAAUAUUGUUUAUGCACAGGGAGCCAACUAAUGGCAUGGUCAGACUUCCCCUGGGCAAGUUGCUCAAUGUUGUUGCUAGAUGUCUAAAAGUCUCACAUGCUGAUGUUGUAAGUUGUUUUCUUUGAUAAUCUGUCCUAUCUGUUUAUUUGGGUAGUAAGCAAAGAGGUGUCACAUGUUUAUCAUAAGAUGCAGUGUGAGGCCUGUAAGUUAAUUCUGGCUGUGUAAUUCUCAAGUCACAAACAACAUUAACCCAAUGCUCCCUGACUUUUAUUUGUAUUUUUAAAUUUAUUUUCAUCUUCAUAUUCCACAAUCCAUUUUUACAGUUUAAAAAAUUUUCUCUAAAGCUGUUGACCCUGCAGAGCCUUCUCUGUUUAACAAAAAUAAACAUUAAAUAAUGAUAAUUUUAAUCCUCGAUUUUUAAAAUUUUCAUUUUACCUUUAUAAAUAAUUUUUAAUCUACUUUACCGGUUACUUGAAAAGUUUAAAUUAAUUCAGAUUUGCCUCUAGGUAUCUAUUCCAGUUUUUUUAUUUUUUAUAAAUUUGUUUAAAACAGUUAUUUUCCCACAGUACUCAUUGUUCCCUCUCAUUCCAUUUCCAAAGGAAUCUGUGCCUUCGAUGACUGAGCUGAAAGAAUUGCUCCCUGUCAUCUACCAGUCAGUCUUGGCUCUUCUUGCACAGUUGAUUAUUUGGUAAGUCAGUUAAGUAUAAUUUAGUUUUGUCCUGCUGGUCUCAAGGGACCUGAAAGUAAGGAAUGUUAUAUUAGGGACUACGCUCUGGCCAUGUUGAGUAAAUUUCAUUGUUCUUAAUUUUUUAUUUAAAUUUAUUUAUUGUUUAUUGAAUUGUGUUGUCUGCUGAAGAAUUGUCUGCUCAAUUGUCUUGUCUUUCAUUUUCCAGCCUAACACAUCUCUUGUUCCACUAUUUAUUUAUGGGACUUGAAACAUGAAGAUGCCAUAUGUCAGCCUUAAAACAUUUACAAUUUAAAACACUUACGCUGCUUAUUGUUUAGGUUUUUACUUACUUUAACUGUCCCCAGAGUUAAAAAAGACAAAAAAAACAACAAAACAUUUCAAUUAUCUUGUUAAAAAUAAUUGAUUAUUAAAAGUAAAACCUAGCGAGUUACAUGCCCUUGUUUUUAAUUCCAGUAUGUCAUGACAUUUUAAACUGCUGGCUGAAAAUAAAAUUUAAAUGAAUGAUCAGAAAGUAAAUAAAAAUACUGCUACAUUGGGAAAUAGAUUUCAUGUACAUAAGCAUUACGCUCAUUUACCAUACAAGUUUAUAAAGAAUUAUUAGAAUGAACAAUUUGUGCAUAAAACGGCUUAGCAUUUUCUUUGAUAAGUGCUUAUACAAUCCAAAACCUUUCUGUUUUAAAGAAUCUAUGUAUGAUAUAAACUGUAAUGAACUCCACAGUUGUAAAACAAGUCUUCUACCUAAAAGCAGGUUUUUAAUAGAUCUUUGCCUGCAGACUUUAAGUUCAACAACACAGAUGAAAAGUAGUAUGAAAUGGUGAGCAUAGUUAUUAUUAUUAUACUAACAUUUAGUCCAGCUUUGUUUGACCGACUAAGAGGCUUUACAUUGAGAUUGUAAUUACAAGAAUGAUGUGAUUUUAUCUGUUCAAAAAGUUGUUAAUUUAUUGGGUUUAAAUUAUGUUUACAUAUUAUUAGGUUGCAGAGCACAAACUUUCUUUCCCCCUUGUAGACUUACGUCUUUCUAAGUGCAUUCUCUUGUUUUUCAGGCAAGUCAGAGCAAGUGCCCUCAGGGUCAUGACUCUUUUAGUGCAAACCUUAGGCUGGGGCAAGUAUUGGACCAGCCAGUCAAAACUCAUUACCAAGGAACUGAUUACAGAUAUCAAAAUUCAUAAAGACCCUGUCAAACAGGUAAGUCUGGUUUGGCUAGGGUGUUGUGUCUGCUUUCAAAGUGAUUAUAUAAAGCAGGCGUCUGGACUUGUUUUUAAAAAAACAACAGCUUAAAUAACCUGUUUACUUCUUAAUGUUAUGGUAGUGGGGGCAACUUAACUGGUAAAGCUACAACUGGUUUUUAAUCCCAUGCCAAGUUGGCUGUUUUAUUCUGGGUUUGAUUCUUGCAAUUGUUUUGUAAUCAGGGUUUACAUGAGGGUGCGCAACCUAACCUUUCUGGGCAGCUGGCAGCAUGGGAAUUAUGGGCUUCAAAAAUGAUUUUCACUUCAGCAUGGGAAUUAUGGGCUUCAAAAAUGAUUUUGACUUCAGCAUGGGAAUUAUGGGCUUCGAAAAGGAUUUUGACUUCAGCAUGGGAAUUAUGGGCUUCAAAAAGGAUUUUGACUUCAGCAUGGGAAUUAUGGGCUUCAAAAAUGAUUUUGACUUCAGCAUGGGAAUUAUGGGCUUCAAAAAUGAUUUUGACUUCAGCAUGGAAAUUAUGGGUUUCAAAAAUGAUUUUGACUUCAGCAUGGGAAUUAUGGGCUUCAAAAAUGAUUUUGACUUCAACAUGGGAAUUAUGGGCUUCAAAAAUGAUUUUGACUUCAGCAUGGGAAUUAUGGGCUUCAAAAAUGAUUUUGAGUUCAGCUCGCACUUAAGCAGAUUAAAAAUUUAUUUUGAUGAUUAUUAUGUCCAGUUGAAAAUUUUACAUAGUGAUCAUUGUUUUCUUCAAAGGCUUUUACAGAUAAUCAUUCACAAUUUUUACAUUCUACAAAAAAAAUGAAUCCAGUUCAUGGAAGAACUUAAAAGCUUCAGCGGGCCUCUUGUAGCUUGCGGGUCACAGGUUGUUUAACCUCUGGUUUAUAUACUUCCAAAAAUAGUUGCCUUACUUGCCUAGCACGUUUAAUCCAUAACUGGGGAUGAUCUCAAAACGGAUUUCAACAGACCCCCUCUUGGUUGAGAGGCAGGCAAAGUCACCACUGUCAUUGUGCUGUUACUAUCUAGUUUUAAAAAAAAGCAAUAGGAAAGUAGGAGUCCAGACUCUUGUAUGAGAAUUUUAUGCUUUUAUUAACAAUGAUGGCAUGUUAUAAUCAUUGUGCAAUCUAUGUGUAAGCCAUUGGGCUGCAUUUCCUCUUUCAUAUUGUUUAUAUCAUUGCAAAGGAUUGAAACUAACAUUACUUUUAUAUUCUUAUUAAAUGCAUUCCCUAACUUAGGCAUCAACAACUUCAUCAGACCUCAACAAACAGGAAGCAGCACUUGGAAGGAGGAAGAAAGAGAAAAAGAAGAGGAACAAAGCUGAGUCUUACAAUGACCUGGCGGUAGAGAAUAAAGAAACUGAAGACAGUAAGGAUGACAGCUCAGCUCCUGAGGCAGUUUCAACUCUGUCUGCUUUAGAAUGUAAGUAAAUGAAAUUUGCUUUCUUCAUUUGUAGUUACAUUUAUUUAAAAAACAAAAACAAAUUCAGACCGAAAUAAAAAUGAAAUCACAAUGAGGAUAUUUUUUUUAAGAUGAAGGUUUUUAAUUACAAUAAAGUAAUUUGGAUUUCAACACCAUCAUUUCUCACAAAUACUUGUUUGUUUACAGUCUCAAGGCUUGCUCUUGAAAACUUGGAGUUUGCUUUUGCUGAGGUGAGUUUGUAAUGAUUUAUGCCUGUGUUGUGUCUUUUUCUGUUGGUCAUUUGGUGAAAUUUAUGUCAAUUUGUUUAGUGCAGUGGUUCUUAACCUUUUUGGAGGUACUGAACCCCACCAGUUUCAUAUGCGCAUUCACCGAACCCUUCUUAAUAGGAAAAAUAAAAUAUGAUAUUUUUUUUUCUGCUUUUUUUUUUUUUUUGAACCUCCGCCAAACCCCUGAGAUUGGCUCACGAAACCCCUGGGAUUCGCUCGAACCCAGGUUAAGAACCACUGAUUUAGUGUAAUAAUGCACAGGAUUUUAUUAGUUUGUAUAGCGAGGGAAUAAAUGUUCUUCAUUUUUAUCUUAGAGGUUGGAGAGAUUAUUUUUAAUACAUUUGAUUUUAGUAAUAAAUAAUCUCUAUCAAACAUCUUUUUUUUUUUUACUGGUAGUUAUUCAUUUUGCACAUAGAAUCUAAGAUUAGUGUCUGUGUGAAUAAUAGCAUUAUUCUCAAAUGAUGUUUAGGUAGACUGAAUGAUGAGAUAGCUGAUGUUAUAUUUACCCCACCUUUAUUAAUUUCAUGAUAUCCUUCAGCCAGACUUGAACAGAUCUUUCAGUGCACUUUUCUAUCAUUUUUUUUCUGCAUAAGAAAGAUCGUAUCUGAUAAUUUAUUUUAUAACAUAAUUUAGUGUUUCAUUUAUGCAGUGUUUUGUUUCAUGUCCCUGUAAAUGUUUCAUUUUUCACCUUCCAGAAUCUCAUGUGGGUUAUUUUAGACACAGCAGCGACGCUUCAGCGAGAGGGGCCACCAGUGAAGUCCCCUUACUUAAGAAGUGCGUGUCGGAAGCAGCUGUACUUAGUAGUGUUUGCUUGCACCACAGUGAGGCUUGACUCAGGCUGUGGCAGGAAAGACACAAUCACACAGUACCAGAUGGUGAAUGCUGCAAUGAAUUUUCUCAACGAUGCAAUGCAAACUGACGCUACAGCUGAGGUGAAUAUUAUGAAAAUGCAUUAAAAGCUAAUAUGCACAAUUUUUCUAGUAAGCAUAAAAAUAAAUUAUUAAAUACUUUUGUGGGGAUUAUACCUAUAUAACUUUAUAUAUUUUUUUUAGUAUAGAAGUAGAAUCUGCUACUUGUUAAAAUUACUAGUUCAUCAUGAUACGUGAAGAAAAGAAUUGGUAAUAUUAUAGUUUUGUGGAUGUAUACAAAUAAAAAUGUAGAUAUACAGUGGAAUCUCUCAUAACGAGUUAAAUUCGUUCCAGACUCUUACUCGUUAAGCGAAACACUCGUUAGACGACACAAUUUUUCCCAUACAAAUCAAUGUAAAAUAUGAUAAUGCGUUCCUUGCUGAAAAAAUACUAAUUUUUCAAAAAAUUUUAUUAACAUUUAUUCAAAUAAAAUUACUUAUGAAUUGUUAAGGAGUGUAACAACUUGGAAUACAAUUUAGAUUUGAAACAAAAAAACGUAAAUAAAAAUAUGAAUUUAUGACAAAUAAUUAAUCCUUAACUAGAAAACUGUCUAAAGACAUUUGUUUUUGCCGAGGCUUCAAAAUUGGACAAAAAUGUAUCACAGCAUUGAAUAAAUUUGUAGCACGAAUAGCCACGCUCACACCUUGUUCUCGCUUUUCAAUGAUUUUACGUUUCAUUUCAACAGUUAUUUUUCCUCUUUCAUGAUUGUCUUCUUGUGUUUUUUUUUUCUAAGACAUUUUAACAUAGGUUAUUACACUUUGGACAUAAAAAAAUGACGAAUACUGUCUGAAUUCAAAAUUUGUAAAAACUGGUGAUCACACACGAAAACAAUACGCUAACAGACCGAGUGCUAAACACAGACUAAUGCAAUGGUUCUCAACCUUCCUAGUGCCGGGACCCUUUAAUACAGUUUCUCGUGUCUUGGCGACCCCCCAGCAACCUAGUUAAUUUCGUUGCUACUUCAUAGCUGUAAGAAUAUGUGUUUUCAGAUAGUCUAAGGCGACCCCUGGGAAAGGACCGCGCUACCCCCAAGGGGUCACGACCCACAGAUUGAGAACCGCUGGACUAAUGCAUCGGCGCGGAAGUCCUGGCUCACAAAUGAAUGUCAGGAAAAAGGGACUUCCCCUUUCUGCGUAACAUGUUAUGCGAAAUAUCGCUCAUUAAGGGAGCAACUUCUUCACAUUAUUUUUUGCUCGUUGUGCGAAUUACUCGUUAUGAGAGGUGCUCGUUAUAGAGCAAUAACUGAUGACAAAUUUUACUUUUUUCAAUAUUUAUUUUUGCAUUAAAAUUGUAAAGUUAAUCUUUUGAUCUCCUUGAAUGAGACUCAUGUUCAUCCCUAAUCACCAGGUCUCACUUAUUAAUAAUGAUGCCUUAGACUCAUCUCAAAUAAUCAAUUAAUUUUUACUUUUAAUAAGAGUCUAAAUUAAUGUUUAUGCUGAUUUUAUGAAUAAAUUUCAGGUUCAAAAGACCUGCCGUCAAAUGCUGACAAUUUUGAGAUUAACAUGUCAUUUGAACAGACCGAUUGUCCGGAGGAUUCUUCCAGAUGACAGUGUGAGGAUAGCUAAUGGUCUUCUCUGAUGAUCCAUAUUUUGAUUAAUUAGUGGAUAAUAACAGUGAUUUAUGUAGCAUUCUAAAAUAAUAUUAUUGAAGGUUAUUACUGUAUGUUGCAGAAUAUGAUGCAAGAAAUCUGUGGUAAAAAAUCCUACCUAAAAUUUGGGGCUCUCUUUAUAAUAGGGCACUUCAACUGGGGUCGCUUCUUCCCUUGUCACCCAAAGUUAUCAUUCUUUAGUACCGGUACAAAGAAUUAACACAGUUAGUUUUAAACAUUGCAAAAACAGCUUUAGCUUUACAAGCAUUUGGGACCUAGCAGGUGGAAUAAAUAAUAAAGUUUCUUUACUUUUAGCUGGACGCAAGAUCUAUCUGACACUGUGUACAACUUUAUUACAAUAACGUAAUUACAGGUUGUUAAAAAGGAAGUAUUUCUCUGUAUCAAUAUGUCGGCUGCAGUAGGUUUUCAUCAAGUUUUGUUCUUAAAAUGUGAAGGUUAUUUAUUUUAAUGUGAAAUGAUAAUUGAUAAAUGUCUUUAACAGCUAGACAAACACUUUUAUUUAAUACACAUAUAAUUGGCAAAAUUCUUUCUCAAUGAAGAGAAAACUGUAGUGAAUGACAUACUUUGGGUUUUAAAAAAGGUUGUCAUUGUCUAUCGUGAUAUCUGUUUGUACUUGUCGAGAUACUGUUUCUGUUUCUAGUUUAAAAAAAAAUUUAACAAGGGCAAAAACCCCUGCUGCUUCAGACGGUUGCAGUGCCCUAUACAGGCAUGUAUAAAAUUCUUCAUUAUCUUUAAAUGAUCUAUAGUAUAGUCAGGGCUAUUCAAUCAAAUCUUGACCCACUUGCGUUCGGUGACCUUACUUCAUAUCUGCACAUAACAACAGUAAUAUUUUAUGUAGAUUUAUGUAGUGCCACCUUGACGAGAUAUGAGCAUUGUAUCAAUGAGACCACAGUUAUUUUAAUUGGCCAGAUGUGAGCAUUGUAUUGAUGUGACCACUGUAUCGAUGUGACCACAGUUCAUUUUAAUUGGCCCGAUGUGCGCAUUGUAUUUGUAUCGAUGUGACCACGGUUCAUUUUAAUUGCCCAGAUGUGAGCAUUGAAUCGAUGUGACCACAGUUCAUUUUAAUUGGCCAGAUGUGAGCAUUGUAUCGAUGUGACCACAGUUCAUUUUAAAUGUUAUAAAUUUUAACGCAUUUUGACCUUUCUAUUAAAAAUAAAUAAGUAUUUUGUUAUUUUCGUAUUGUAUUAUUAUGGAACAAUAUUAAAAGAUCACAUUAUGUGUGGACAUGGGAUUCGUUUAUACAUGGAUUGCUUUAUUUGUGGUAACAUAUGGUACUUCUUUGGAUCCUCUUGUAAUAUUUGUCCUUUUAUGAUAAUAAAAGAUGAUUUUAAACAUAUUUUUAAUUCACUAGUACUUUGUUAGAAAUGUUAUUCCUUAGCAUAUCAACUAAUUUUACUGUUACUUAUUUCUAUAUCUGUCAAUUCAAGAAUGAAGCAAAGGAUGUCAUGGAGAUGGAGAGAGAGUCCUUGCAGCUGUCUGAAGAAAAUGAACAGCUCCGGAAGAGAUUGAUGGACUCCGAAAUGGAGAACCAACAACAGAACCGUUUAAUCACAUCUCUGAGAUUAGAGAUUGAUGACCUUAAAAAGAGGGUAAGAUUUUAUAUUGGACACUAUGGAAUAAGAAUUAGGGCUGAAUGGUUCAUUGUUAUGUUCUGCCUUUAAUUAUUCCACAUUGUGUGGAAGUAUUCUUUCAAGCAUUUAAUCGAUAUUUGAGCCUGCAUAGCUUGUUAACCCAUAACAUCCUGAUUGGUAUAAAAGCCAUUGAAAUUGUCGUGUUUAUUUUAUGGAACUUGUUUUAAAUUUAAAGUCAAUUGCCAGAUUUGUAUUUGUAUGAUCUUGAUGAUUAAUUGCAGUACCAACAUGUAUCUCUGAUAUAAUGUUGUUGUUUUUUAAAUUAAGAACUAACGGGUAAACUCUGGACAUGUGGUAGAAAGAUGAAAUUGUUGUACGUUCUGUGAGACUUCUUUUUUUUAUCAUCAUCUAUUUUUAUUUUUCAUCAGUCAGCCAACUCUACAAAUACAACAAAGGAUGGGGAGCAUUCCAUCGGUAACUGUACCCUUCAAGUUACAGAGACUGACCAAGCUUCUGAUGAAGACAACUCUGACCCGGAAGAAACAAGAAAGGAUGAAAGGGUUAAUGGGUUAACAGUUGAAAUGAUGAGGGACCCAGCAGGAGAACCGACUGUUGUAGACAGCAGCAGAGCUGGAGAAAAAAAUGAAGGAACUGAUGCUGAACCUAAACCUAAGAGAGCAAAAUUAAAAGCUGAGAAUUCACUGAGUUCUCCCUCACCAAGAAAAGAUGAGCAGACACCUAAAAGAGUAAAUAGUUUUGAUUGUCUUUACCAUUAAAUUAUAGCUGAGUGUAGUUACAAACUCGAGUUUCUCAUAAUUUCUCAUAUAUGGUCACGGUUUUGUUAUCAAGGAAUUCAUUCCACAGGCCAUUACAUAUAUAUUAUAAAUUAAUUACAUUCGUUUUCUUCAGAGAAAGAAUAAAAAGAACCUAGAUGAAAGCAUUACAUAUAUAUUAUAAAUUAAUUACAUUCGUUUUCUUCAGAGAAAGAAUAAAAAGAACCUAGAUGAAAGCAUUACAUAUAUAUUAUAAAUUAAUUACAUUCGUUUUCUUCAGAGAAAGAAUAAAAAGAACCUAGAUGAAAGCAUUACAUAUAUAUUAUAAACUAAUUACAUUCGUUUUCUUCAGAGAAAGAAUAAAAAGAACCUAGAUGAAAGCACGGGAAAGAAAAAACGGAAGACCGAGGUAUUUUUAAGCUUAAGCGUUACAUUUUGUAGCUGUCACAAGAUGUUUUUAUCUAAAUUUUUAAGGAAUGAAAGCCUGUGUAAAAUGUAAUACCCAUUUAAGAAUAUUGAUUUGUGCACUUUCUCAAACGAAAUAGCCUAUUUAGUUUUUUUAAACUUAAAUGGAGUAACAAGUAUUGUAUUACAGAAAUUUUAGGGACCAAAAAAAAAUAUAUGUUAAUUCUGGUCUUUAGUUUAGAUUUUAUCAUUGUGGAUUAUAGUAUAGGCAAUUUUUAUUGGAACAAUCUUUUGUCUGGGGAAUUUUCGACGUCUGAUUUAAUACAUAAAAAAUUAAAACAACUGUUUAUGUCUGCUUCUUCUCAAUUGUUAGCAUUAGCGGCUUUGAUAUUGAUAUUUUUUUUAUAAUCUUCACAGAUUAUAUGCAACAAUGUCUUAAUCAUGCAAUAAUUUACAUAUAAAAGAUUUUAAGUUUUUUCACUGAUUUAGAGAUGCACUUUUUUCUAUCAUGAUUAGACAAAAUAAUUGAGUAUUAAUAUAUCACCUUAUCUAUUAAAAAUUGAUUUCGAUGCCGAUGCAAGAAGAUGAAAAAGUUAUGUCAAAAGGUCAGUAAAAAGACAGUUCACGGGUUAAGCUUAAAAUUUCUGACAUCCGUCACAAAUUGCCAAUUUAUUUGUAUAGAAAUAUAAAUUUUUAUAUACUUUUUUUUUAUCGGAUUUCUUACAGGAAUUGACUGUCCCAAAAGAAGAUCCAGAGGUAAGUCUUGUAUACUCACAAUUUAUGUUCAUGUCCCUCAUCUUUGGUGUUCAUGACCUCUCUUGUCAUGUGUCAUAAGACUGUACAAUUAGGGAGCAUCCAUGUAGUAGUACGCAAUGAGGGUAGGUUGUCAGUUUUGGAGAUUUUGCAAUUCUACAACAUUUGUCAUAAAUCUGACAGUCAAAAAAUAGUACAUAUACGUCUCUAAGGCUUUCAACAUAUCACGCAAUGUUUUGUACGAAUUAUCCAAAUAAUGUUGCCUUGCGUUUUCCAAAAUGAACCAGGUGCCCUUCUUUAAAUUCUAACAAGCACAGUCCGAAUAUUGAUUAAAUAAACAAAAUAAAUUGCUUGGGUAAAAUAUGAAUAAAACACGUAUGUAGCACACUUAGCCUCAUCUAGUAAAUGCAAACAGUAGUUACUGAACUGUUUGAACCAAGACUGCUAGAUGUCAAAAUGGAUUAAAAGUGGUAAUAAAUUUCUGGAAAGUAAGUAAUAUUUCGUGGCACCUGUUUGAGGAGGCUGAAGCAACCCAGGCCAGGGCCAUGAUGAGACAGCUCAGGCUAGGGCCAUGACGAGACAAACCAGGAGGGGGCCAUGACGAGACAAACCAGGAGAGGGCCAUGACGAGACAAACCAGGAGGGGGCCAUGACGAGACAAACCAGGAGGGGGCCAUGACGAGACAAACCAGGAGGGGGCCAUGACGAGACAAACCAGGAGGGGGCCAUGACGAGACAACAUGCCCAGGAAAAGUGGCACCUGGGGUGAAGUCAGAAAGUGGUGCCACUUGAAAUUUAGAAAUAGAAAUAAAGUUUUUUGUUUUUUUUGUUUUGUUUUGUGUCCAUACUAAAUGGAUGGCCCCUUACUCAUACUCACCACAGCCUUUAAUCAUGUUGUUUCUCUUCCUGACCAUUUCCUGUACAGACAUAAGAUUGUCAUAAUCCCUAACACAGAAUUAUGUUCAAACAAAAUAUUUUGUUUCUGUCUCCCCAGUCUGAUGCCAUCCAGGCUAACUAAGAUAUAUUUUGUUGAUGCUGAUCCAGACAUAUUCUAGACACAUCCAUCCAUCCCUGUGGCGCUACAGCCCAUGUAGGGUUUUGGCCUGCCUCACUACUUCCUUCCACUCAGACCUAACUAAUGCUUUUCUUUUCCAUGCUUAAUUCCCAGCUGCUGUAUAUCUUUUUCCACCAAAUCCAUCCAUCUAAGCCUAGGUCUGCCUUUGAGCCGCUUUACUCUACAGUUUAGGUGAUGUACCCUUGUGAUUCCUCUGUCAUUUGGCAUUCUUUUCUAUGUACCCUCUUCAUUCCUCUGUCAUUAGGCAUUCUUUCUAUGUAUCCUCUUCAUUCCUCUGUCAUUUGGCAUUCUUUCUAAGUGCCCUGCCUAGUGUAGCCUACCCUUUUUUAUUUGUGCUACUUGAGUGGGAUCCUGAUAUAGACUGUACAGUUCCUUGUUGGUUCGUAUUCUCCAUCCAUAUUCAUCCUUUGUUGGCCCAUAUAUUUUCCGGAGAACUUUUCUCUCCCAUUUGUUUAAUAAGUUUUCUGCCAUUUUUGUUAGGGUCCAAGUUUCAUUUGCAUAUGUUACAACUGGUCUGAUCACAGUUUCACUUGCACAUGUUACAACUUGUCUGAGUACAGUUUUGUAAAUAGUUUCUUUUGUUUUUCUUGAUCUAGUAAUGUUUUUACUUUUGAGUAUUUUCUGACUAAUGCAGUAGGUAUGCCAUAUUUCCGCCUGACAUUCUUUCUUUUAUUUCUUUUGGUAAUUGGUUUCUUUCAUCCUAGGUAUUUGAAUUGAUAAACUUUUUCAAAAGUCUGGUUUCUAAUUUUAAUGGCUUCAGUCAUUCAUCUGUUUUGUCUGAAUCCACAUUUUCACCUAGAAUUUGUUCAGUGUAUGGUUGUAUUCUUUUGUAUUAGCUUCCUCAGUAUAUUUGUAUUAAACUUUUUAAAGGGAAUUCCCCUAUAGUUUGUGCACUAAAGUUUGGAGCCUUUCUUGUGUAUUGCUGUUAACCAUUCUGUUGGAAAUUUCUCUUGUUGCCAAAUUUUAGAAAUAAUAAGUUAAAUAAGUUUAUCUGUCUGAGUGUAUGGUUCUCUUCCUCCAUAUAUAUAAUAUAUAUUUAUGUUCAAACACAAUAUCUUGUUUCUCUCUCCUCAGUCUGAAGCCAUCCAGGCCAUGAUAUCAGAUUUUGUUGAUGCUGAACCAGACAUAUUCUAGAAGAUGUCUGACCUCAAGAGAUUUAAAUUAAACUCAUUAAAAUUAAAAAUGUUUUUAAAAAAAAGAAAGGACCAACUCUUUAUUUCUGAAUGUCUUGCAUGAAACAUUUU